UUUUCUCAUGGCUUCCAGGAAAGGCGAUGGGGUGGCCUGUGGGGAUGUGGCUCCUGGCUGGGCCUCACCCCAGCAGUGUUGUACAGGACCCCCCAGAAUCAUUGGGGGUGGGGAGCCGUUGCCAUGGUGGCCCGUGUGGAGCAAAUUCCUCCCGGGUGAAGUGGGAGAUAUUUAUACCCAGGGUCAGGGAGAGAGCGGCAGGGAGAGAGCGGGCUGGCAGCGGAGGGCAGGAGAGCUGAGGACUGCCUGGGUACAGAGAGACCACCGGUCAAGGCCCCUUUUUUAGGAGGGAGGAGAGCAGGGGAGAGGACACUUCUUGACCCUGGCUGACUCCUUAGGGCAAUGGCGUCUCCCAGCCACAUCCUGGCUCUCAGUGUCUGUCUCUUCACCAUGGCCAAUGCAGAAGCUCCGCAGGAACCCGAUCCAUUCACCUAUGAUUACCACACCCUGCGGAUCGGCGGCCUCACUAUCGCUGGGAUCCUCUUCAUCCUUGGCAUCCUCAUCAUCCUUAGCAAGAGAUGUCGGUGCAAAUUCAACCAACAGCAGAGAACCGGGGAACCUGACGAAGAGGAGGGAACUUUCCGCAGCUCCAUCCGCCGUCUGUCCACUCGCAGGCGGUAGAACCUCCACCUAGAUCCAGGAAACUCAGCCAGAGCCCAUUUGGCACCUGACACCUCUGCCCACCUAGCUGCUCGCCAGUGCCCACCUCCAGCGUCCCCUGCCUCAGCCCUGCCUCUCGGACACCCCUUGCUGCUCAGACCUCCAAUAAAACUUGGUUUUCCUUCGUGA